GUUCCUUCGUGAGCACCAGACGACCUCAAGGCCUGCUGCUCCUGCGCCACUCGGCCCUCGGCCCUGCGGCUCGAGGACGACCUCAGAGCGUGGAAGAGGCUGGUCGUGGCCUCAAGGAUGGACGCGGGGCUGGCACUGGGCAUGAUAAUUGUGCUGGCGAGGCCAAAUAUAAGGCUAAGAGCAGUAUCUAAUUGACUUUGAAAGAGGGAAGUAUACGUAGCAAAUAUGCAUGGCCGAACGAAGAGGAAAGGUCCUGACCUCAAAUUCAAGUUCUCCGACAAUCAGCCUGCACAGCCUGUUGGUCCUCCAAGAGACCUAGACAGCAGAACCACCAUAACUAUGAAUGGGCAGGAUGUCGAAGUUUCAGCAGACGACUUGGAACUUCUAACAGAACUAGGUCGUGGAGCCUACGGUGUGGUGGAGAAAAUGAGACAUCGACCGUCCGAUACAAUUAUGGCAGUUAAGCGUAUAACGAGCACAGUUGAUAGCCGUGAACAGCAGUACCUUUUAAUGGACCUUGAUGUUUCCAUGAGAUCUGGAGCAUGUCCUUACACAGUCCAUUUCUAUGGGGCAUUGUUCCGGGACGGAGAUGUCUGGAUUUGUAUGGAGGUCAUGGAGACUUCCUUGGACAAGUUUUAUCCACGAGUAUUCACACAAGGGCUGACUAUCUCCGAAGAAUUCCUUGGCAAAAUUGCUUACUCUGUGGUCAGUGCCUUACACUAUCUGCACACAGAGUUGAAAGUCAUCCACCGUGAUGUGAAACCAUCCAAUAUUCUUAUUAAUAGACGUGGGGAGGUGAAGAUGUGUGACUUUGGGAUCUCGGGAUAUCUGGUAGACUCAGUGGCCAAAACAGUACAAGCUGGAUGUAAACCCUAUAUGGCUCCAGAGCGAAUAGAUCCACAAGGAGUUCCCUCGGGGUAUGAUAUCCGGUCUGAUGUGUGGUCACUCGGCAUAUCGAUGGUGGAGAUAGCUACGGGUAAAUUUCCCUACAAGUCCUGGGGAACUCCAUUUGACCAGCUGAAGCAAGUUGUGAUGGAUGCUCCUCCUCGGCUGCCAGCUGGAACCUUCUCUCCAGACUUUGAUAAUUUCAUAGAACAAGUGUAAGUUGUAAGCAAGAAUUAUUU